UAUUUUCUAGUUUCUGUAACACCACCACCUCAGAGGCCAUGGAUACCUUUGGCGAAACCCAACAAGUCCAGACCAGCAUGUCUCUUCACAGUCAUGUGUUACAAUGUGCUGUGUGACAAAUAUGCCACACGUCAAAUGUACGGCUAUUGUCCAUCGUGGGCUUUGAAUUGGGAAUAUCGCAAAAAGGCCAUACUCGAUGAGAUACGUCAUUAUUCGGCAGAUAUUAUUAGUUUGCAGGAAAUCGAAACGGAACAGUUCUAUAACUUUUUCCUGCCCGAGCUGAAGAAUGAUGGUUAUGAGGGCAUCUUCUCGCCAAAGUCCAGAGCCAAGACAAUGUCCGAAGUGGAACGUAAAUAUGUGGAUGGUUGCGCUAUAUUUUUUAGGACCUUAAAAUUCUCUCUCAUCAAAGAGCAUUUAAUUGAAUUCAAUCAAUUGGCCAUGGCUAAUGCUGAAGGUUCGGACAACAUGUUGAAUCGUGUUAUGCCUAAAGACAAUAUUGGUCUGGCCGCAUUGUUGAAGGUCAAGGAUAAUGCCUGGGAUCCCGAAUUGGAUGUAACCCAGACCUCGCAAGCACUGUUGGUGUGCACGGCCCACAUUCACUGGGAUCCCGAGUUCUGUGAUGUCAAACUGAUUCAAACGAUGAUGUUGAGCAAUGAAUUGAAAACGAUUAUUGACGAGGCCAGUCACAGUUUCCGACCUGGCCAUAAAAAUGAUUUGAACAGUGUACAGCUAUUGUUGUGUGGCGAUUUCAAUUCGCUGCCCGAUUCCGGUGUUGUGGAAUUUUUGAGUAAGGGCCGUGUCAAUAUGGAUCACAGCGAUUUCAAAGACAUGGGUUACAAGUCAUGUCUGCAACGUCUGCUCUCGAAUGACACCUCAGAAUUUACGCAUUCCUUUAAGUUGGCCUCGGCCUACAGUGAGGACAUAAUGCCGUAUACAAAUUACACCUUUGAUUUUAAGGGCAUUAUCGAUUAUAUUUUCUACACAAAGACAGGCAUGGUACCGUUGGGUCUACUGGGGCCCAUAUCGAAUGAUUGGCUGCGCGAAAAUAAAGUUGUUGGCUGUCCGCAUCCGCAUAUACCCUCCGAUCAUUUUCCACUGUUGGUGGAAUUGGAACUGAUGCAUACGGCAAGUCAACAGUUGCCACCAAAUGGUUUGAUUAGUCGGCGGUAGCAAUAAAACUUAUAUGGGAAGACAACGUUAACAGCCUUUAGUAAUAGUAGUAGCAAGAACAACAAAAACAACUACAGCAACAAUAUCAACAACAAGAAUAAUAAUACCAACAAUAACAACAACCACCAGAAUAGCAGGGAGUACAUUUUACAAAAACAACUAAUAAAACAAGAACAACAACAACAAACACAUAUAAUAGGAGAAUUACAACAAAAUGAUUCUGGUAAUCAAGUAAAAGCUGCCGUUGUCCAUUUUAUAGAAACUCAUAUCGUCGCCGUCGCCUUUAUCAUGUGCUUCGUUAACGAUGUUGUCGUUAUGCGAAGCAUCAUCGUCGUAUUCGUCGUCGUUGCCGUCGUCAACAACAUUAAGCAAACAAAAACAAAUACAACAAUAAUAAUAUUAAUUAUAUUAUUAAUAACAACCACCUUCAACACAAGGACCACAGGAACAAUCUUUAUAAAACUACAACAACAACAACUGAUGUCAUGAUCAUAAUGGAAGCCCACAACAAAAAACAAAAACAAAUAAACAUAAUUUAUUUUUUAAGUUUUAAAAAUUUAAUUAAUUAAAACAAAA